AUGCACGGGACCGAUAUUUUAGCCUUGGUUCUUCGCGUGUGCCAAUUUGCUUUCAGUACCAUCGUCGUCGGUCUUACUAGUUCACAUCUUCACUCAGCCAGAGCCGAACCAUCAUGGUCUAAGAAACGAUUCAUCUACACCGAUGUCGUUGCUGCUUUAGGUCUAUUCUUCUCCUUAUUCUUCAUGUUGCCGUUCACUUGGAACUUCAUUCAUUGGCCGAUCGACUUUUUGAUGUUUGUUAUGUAUAUGAUUGCUUUUGGUUUACUUGUGGAUUUCAUCACACCCCUCGACUGCGGCAGUAUAUUUAACUGGUAUGGCAUCUUCGGUUCCUCCGCUUGUGCGAGAUGGAAAUCGGAUGUCGCUUUUACAUUCCUAGCUUCAUUGUUCUUCCUCGGUUCUUUUCUCCUCGGGACAUACAUCCACCACCGCAACCGCCACACAAUCGUCACCGACCAACCGGCCAAUGGUCAACAAAGCAAUGGUCUCGGCGGUGCACGCAAGAGGUGGUAUCGAUCGCGUGCCGAUCCAUCGCGCAUCUAA